UUGCUGGCGCUCUCAAUAAUUGCUGGCGCUCUCUUCUUUCUCCUUUCUUCUACUUCAUCUCUUUUCCCAUCAUCGUAUUCACACCCUUAGCAAAGUCAAGGAACCAUGGCUGGGGCAUUGGUAGGAGGAUCAUUUCUCUCAGCUUUCCUUCAGGUUUUGUUCGACAGGAUGGCUUCUCGCGAGUUUGUGGAUUUCUUCAAGGGACAAAAGCUCAGCGAUGAACUGCUGAUGAAGUUGAAGAUAACAAUGAGGUCUAUUAAUAGGUUGCUGGAUGAUGCGGAGGAGAAGCAGAUUACUAAUCGAGAUGUUCAAAUGUGGCUUGACGACCUUAAAGAUGCUGUCUAUGAAGCUGAUGACUUGUUGGAUGAGAUUGCGUAUGAAGGUCUGAGAUCGGAGAUAGAAGCUGGUCCUCAAACCAACAACAUAGCUAUGUUGCGAAACUUUCUCUCUUCUCGUAGUCCAUUCAACAAGAGGAUCGUGAAGAUGAAAGUGAAGUUGAAGAAGAUCCUUGAUAGACUUAAAGAUUUAGUAGAACAAAAAGAUGUCCUUGGUUUAGGUGAGAAUAUUGGAGAAAAACCAUCAUUACAUAAAACGCCAACAACUUCUUUGGUUGAUGAAUCUGGUGUUUUCGGUAGGAACAAUGAUAAGAAAGCUAUAGUGAAGUUGCUAUUAUCAGAUGAUGCAUAUGGCAGAAGCCUUGGUGUGAUUCCUAUUAUAGGUAUGUGUGGAGUCGGGAAAACCACCCUUGGUCAGCUUGUUUACAAUAAUAGCAGCGUUCAAGAGUGGUUUGAUCUCAAAACAUGGGUCUGUGUUUCGGAAGAAUUUGGUGUUUACAAGAUAACUAAAGAUAUCCUCAAGGAGUUCGGGUCAAAAAAUUGUGAUACCAAGACUCAGAAUCAGCUUCACCUUGAGCUAAAGGAGAAAUUGAUGGGAAAAAAGUUCUUGCUUGUCUUAGAUGAUGUCUGGAAUGCAAAGUACGACGAUUGGGAUAUUUUACUCACGCCAUUGAAAUUUGGGGCACAAGGAAGUAAGAUUAUUGUCACAACACAGAAUGAAAGGGUAGCAUCAGUCCUCUCCACUGUUCCACCUUGCCAUCUGAAGGGAUUAAACGAUGAUGAUUGCUGGUGUUUGUUCGAAAAACAUGCAUUUGAUGAUGGAGAUACUAGUGCACAUCCAGGGUUGGAGGGAAUUGGCAGAGAAAUUGUAAAAAAGUGCAAAGGCCUGCCUUUAGCUGUAAAAUCACUUGCAGGUCUCUUAAGGUCCAAAAGAGAUGUGGAGGAGUGGGAGAAGAUACUAAGAAGCAAUUUGUGGGAUUUGCAAAACAUCAACAUUCUUCCAGCUCUAAGAUUGAGUUAUCAUUAUCUCCCUGCACAUCUAAAGCGUUGCUUCUCUUAUUGCUCAAUAUUUCCUAAAGAUUAUGAAUUUAGAAAGGAGGAGAUGGUACGUUUAUGGAUGGCAGAAGGUUUUCUAAUCCAACUCAAUGGCAAUCAGAAAAUGAAAGAAGUAGGUGAUGAGUACUUUAAUGAUCUUGUAUCAAGGUCGUUUUUUCAACAAUCAAGCAGCCAUCCAUCUUGCUUCGUGAUGCAUGACCUCAUGAAUGGUUUAGCUAAAUUUGUAUCUCGAGAAUUCUGCUAUACGUUAGAUGAUGCCAAUGAAUUAAAGCUUGCUAAAAAGACGCGCCAUUUAUCAUAUGUUAGAGCAAAGCAUGGAAACCUCAAGAAAUUUGAGGGAACCUAUGAAACACAAUUUUUACGCACUUUCUUACUCAUGGAGCAAUCGUGGGAGCUUGAUCACAACGAAAGCGAGGCAAUGCAUGAUUUACUGCCAACACUGAAGCGUCUUCGAGUACUAUCUCUAUCUCAAUAUUCUUAUGUACAAGAGUUACCUGAUUCAAUUGGCAACUUGAAACACUUGCGAUAUUUGAAUUUAUUCCAAGCAUCACUGAAAAAUUUACCUAGAAUUAUUCAUGCUCUGUACAAUUUGCAAACCUUAAUCUUGCGGGAGUGCAAAGACCUUGUCGAGUUACCAAAUUCAAUUGGCAACUUGAAGCACCUGCAGUACUUGGAUCUUUUUGGCACAUCGAUUAGAAAGAUACCUAAUUUGGUGAUUGGCUUGUGCAAUUUGGAAACUUUAAUCUUGUGUCAAUGCAAAGACCUCACUGAGCUUCCAACCAACAUGGGAAGCUUAAUUAACCUGCAUCACCUUGAUAUUAGAGAAACAAAUCUGCAGGAGAUGCCAUUACAGAUGGGAAACUUGAAAAAUCUUCGAAUUCUAACCAGAUUCAUCAACACAGGCUCAAGGAUUAAAGAGUUGGGUGAGCUUCAACAUCUUCGAGGAACACUAGAAAUUUGGAAUCUUCAAAAUGUUGUUGAUGCUCUAGAUGCUUUAACAGCCAAUUUGAAGGGUAAGAAGCACCUUGAACAUUUGCACUUGAGAUGGCACGGUGAUACUGAUGAUGCAGCUCAUGAAAGAGAAGUACUUGAGCAAUUACAACCCCAUACAAAUGUGGAAAGCAUUUCCAUUAUUGGUUAUGGGGGUCCAACAUUUCCAGAGUGGGUGGGGGACGGUUCUUUUUCUAAUAUCGUGUCAUUGACACUUAGUGAAUGCAAGCGUUGCUCAAGCUUACCACCACUUGGGCAGUUAGCCUCUCUAAAAUACCUUGUUGUCCAAGCUUUCGAUGGAGUAGUUGUAAUUGGUACUGAGUUCUAUGGAAGUUGCAUGAAACCAUUUGGAAAACUGGAAGAGUUAAGGUUUGAAAGAAUGCCUCAUUUGCAUGAAUGGAUUUCUAGUGAAGGUGGAGCUUUCCCUGUUCUCCGAGAGCUUUACAUAAAAGAAUGUCCUAACGUAUCAAAGGCCUUGCCUAGUCAUCUUCCUUCUUUAACAACCCUUGAGAUUGAGAGAUGUCAACAGCUCGCAGCUGCACUUCCAACGACACCGCCUAUCUGCAGAUUGAAGUUGGAUGACAAAUCUCGUGAUGUGCUAGUAACUAAAUUGCCUUCUGGACUGCAUGGACUCAGAGUUGAUGGAUUCAACCCCAUAAGCUCCCUACUUGAGGGAAUGGAGCGAAUGGGUGUACCUUCCACAAAUUUAGAAGAAAUUGAAAUCAGAAACUGUGGCUCACUUAUGUCUUUCCCAUUACAAAUGUUCUCCAAGUUGAAGAGUUUCCAAAUAAGUGAAUGUCCGAAUCUUGAAUCCCUUGUUGCAUAUGAGAGAAGUCAUGGGAAUUUCACUCGCAGUUGUUUAAAUUCUGUUUGUCCUGAUUUGACACUGCUUCGUUUAUGGAAUUGCUCAAAUGUGAAGUCUCUGCCCAAAUGUAUGCACUCCCUCCUCCCUUCGCUUGAGAUUUUGCAACUUGUUAACUGUCCAGAACUUGAGUCAUUCCCAGAAGAGGGCUUACCUGCCAAACUACAGUCUCUUCAGAUCAGGAAUUGCAGAAAGCUCAUUGCUGGCCGUAUGGAAUGGAAUUUGCAAGCUCUCCAAUGUCUUUCACAUUUCAGUUUUGGUGAGUAUGAAGAUAUAGAAUCCUUUCCUGAGAAGACACUGCUGCCCACCACUCUUAUCACUCUUGGUAUCUGGGAUCUUCAGAAUCUGAAAUCUCUAGACUAUGAAGGCCUUCAACACCUCACCUCUCUUACACAAAUGAGAAUCUCCCACUGUCCCAAUCUCCAAUCCAUGCCAGAUGAGGGGCUGCCAUCUUCUCUUUCUUCUUUAAUAAUCUCUCAAUGCCCUUUACUGGAACAAAGGUGUCUGCAUAACCAAGGAGAAGAUUGGCCCAAGAUUUCUCACAUCCCAGACAUAGAUAUCAACUGGGAUAGCUGAAGAGGCUGCAAGAAAAUAAUAACAAAGACAUUGGAGCUUGUCGCAUAUAGUACGCCAUUAUUAUAGUGGUGUGAGAUUUGAAAACGUUCCUGUCCAUUUUGUUGAAGUAUGGAAGACGGGCAUCAGCAGUGUCACCGGUUGAAUGAGUUUGGGCUGUUUAUUUGUCUUUAUGCCUCGUAAAUUGGAAGUAUGUGCUUCAGUUCUACCCAGUAACUUCUGUACCUGGGUUAUGUUCAAGGAAUGGGCAUUUCCAGUUUUUGCCUCCACUCAUCAUGUACUUAUUCAUGGGCUGUCAUUUCCAGAUUUGCAUUUCCACUUGGCUUGCUUUUUGCAUACUGAGUUCUCUUUGUUUGAUCCUGAGAUUCCAGCAAUGUUAUCUACACUUAUAUUUGAUGCAAUUCUGCUGGCGAUUGCAUUAAAGACACAUCUCGCCAACACCCCCGAAUUUAAAAAUUGCCGUUUGAUGUUUUGCCGUAAAA